AUGUCAAAGAAUGCCAUUGGUAUCGACCUUGGAACCACGUAUUCCUGCGUGGGUGUGUUCAUGCACGGCAAAGUGGAAAUCAUUGCUAACGAUCAAGGUAAUCGUACAACACCAUCGUAUGUUGCAUUUACCGAUACUGAACGUCUUAUUGGCGAUGCAGCCAAAAAUCAAGUUGCAAUGAAUCCGCACAAUACUGUUUUCGACGCUAAACGACUGAUUGGUCGUAAGUUUGAUGAUGGAUCAGUGCAAUCGGAUAUGAAACAUUGGCCAUUUAAAGUAGUGAAUGCUGGUGGUGGUAAACCUAAAGUGCAGGUUGAAUACAAGGGAGAGACGAAGACUUUUACUCCAGAAGAGAUUUCGUCGAUGGUUUUGGUUAAAAUGAAGGAGACGGCGGAAGCUUUUCUGGGUCACGCGGUCAAGGAUGCUGUUAUUACAGUCCCCGCAUACUUUAAUGAUUCACAACGACAAGCCACUAAAGAUUCCGGUGCAAUUGCUGGUCUAAAUGUUCUACGUAUUAUCAACGAACCAACAGCAGCUGCUAUUGCUUAUGGUUUGGACAAGAAGGGCCAUGGUGAACGCAACGUUCUUAUCUUUGAUCUUGGUGGUGGUACAUUUGAUGUAUCUAUUCUAACCAUUGAGGAUGGUAUUUUCGAAGUCAAGUCUACAGCUGGGGAUACUCAUCUCGGAGGAGAAGAUUUCGAUAAUCGCAUGGUGAAUCACUUUGUUGCGGAAUUCAAGCGAAAGCACAAGAAGGAUCUUGCGUCAAAUCCUCGUGCGCUUCGUCGUUUACGUACUGCAUGCGAAAGAGCAAAACGGACAUUGUCUAGUUCAUCUCAAGCGAGUAUCGAAAUUGAUUCAUUGUUCGAGGGAAUUGAUUUCUACACCAAUAUCACCCGUGCUCGCUUUGAGGAAUUAUGUGCUGAUCUUUUCCGUUCAACUAUGGAUCCAGUUGAGAAGGCACUCCGUGAUGCUAAGAUGGACAAGGCCCAAGUCCAUGACAUUGUACUAGUAGGUGGAUCAACCCGUAUUCCGAAAGUGCAGAAGCUCCUAUCGGAUUUCUUUUCUGGCAAAGAACUGAAUAAAAGCAUCAAUCCAGACGAAGCCGUGGCGUAUGGUGCAGCAGUGCAGGCAGCUAUUCUUUCUGGUGAUAAGUCGGAAGCCGUACAAGAUUUGUUACUGCUUGACGUCGCACCGCUUUCACUUGGUAUUGAAACAGCUGGGGGUGUUAUGACUGCACUCAUCAAGAGAAAUACCACUAUUCCCACGAAAACCUCCCAAACUUUCACCACAUACUCCGACAACCAACCUGGUGUCCUUAUUCAGGUUUACGAAGGUGAACGUGCUUUGACUAAAGACAAUAACUUGCUUGGUAAAUUCGAGUUGUCUGGAAUUCCGCCUGCUCCUCGCGGUGUGCCGCAAAUUGAAGUCACGUUUGAUAUUGACGCCAACGGUAUUCUGAAUGUUUCUGCCCAGGAUAAAUCCACAGGCAAACAAAACAAAAUUACCAUUACCAAUGAUAAAGGACGUUUGUCAAAGGAUGAGAUCGAGCGGAUGGUACAGGAAGCUGAGAAAUACAAGGCAGAUGAUGAAGCACAGAAGGAUCGUAUUGCGGCGAAAAAUGCUCUGGAAUCGUACGCAUUCAAUAUGAAACAGACGAUUGAGGACGAGAAGUUAAAAGAUAAAAUUUCGGAAGAGGAUAAGAAAAAGAUUCAAGAAAAAUGUGACGAAACAGUUAGGUGGCUGGAUGGAAAUCAAACAGCUGAAAAAGAUGAAUUUGAGCAUCGUCAAAAAGAAUUGGAAUCUGUUUGCAAUCCGAUUAUUACAAAACUCUACCAGAGCGCUGGUGGUAUGCCUGGAGGAAUGCCGGGUGGUAUGCCUGGUGGAGCUCCAGGUGCUGGUUCAACAGGAGGUGGACCAACAAUUGAAGAAGUUGAUUAG